UUGUGUGGGGGAAGCCUAUCCCAGGUUGCUCAGAGCAGGAGAAGAGCCCCACUCCAGAGGGAAAGAUGUCCUUUUCUUCAACCUAUAAAAAUAUCAAUGUGUUACCUUCAUCAAGAGAACAGAUAAGUGACUCUGCUGGAAUGAUUCAUCUUGUGGAGGCACAGUCAGAGUUUCCAGAUGUCAGAUGUCACCUCUCUACAGUGAUGGUUAAAGAACAGGCCACAUCCACAGUGAUUUCUCCCUUCAGAAGCGCUCAAGCUAUUGAUCUAUCAACUUCAAAUGAAGACCACUGUAUAGUAAUGUCUGGAGAAAAGACACCAGUGUCUUAUGGAGAGGUGCCAGGUUUUGUGCUGGCCAGAAUUAGAGCUGAAGAAAGCCCAGCUGAACCUUUUACCAGUGACAAGAAGUCUGUACAGAAUUGCACCAAACCAGCUGCUAGAGUUUGCUUAGAGAAAAGAUUUAGCGCCAUGUGUGCUGAAACCACGAGACAACAAGAUAUACAGUCUGCAGUUCUCAGCAAUUUUUUGACAAUACUUCAGCAGUCUGCAGAGGUUCAAGAGACAGUCAUGCAUCCUCCAAAGCAGAAGUGGGUGAAAAUGGACAGAGCAAAUUCUUUUGGGGUGUCUAGUUCAUAUAUAGAAGGUGUUUAUGGCCCAGUCACCAACACGUGUGGACAGGUUAUGAUCCCCAAGAGCGUUUUAAAUUUUCACCCAGCAGAAGAGCAGCCUUUGGUGAACGUAGAAAAGGAUGCGGUGAUACCUGCUGCGGUGAUACCCAAAGCUGCUAAAGCCGCCCCAGAUUCUGCUGGAGAGCCACAAAGCAGCAGGAGGAAAGUUGCUAGAUCUAGUAUGUUGCUCAGCCAGCGCCGGGAGAGACACAACAGUAAGGAGAGGGAACGCAGGAAGAGGAUUCGUUUGUGCUGUGAUGAACUGAACAUGUUGGUGCCGUUCUGUGACUCGGAGACGGACAAAGUCACCACCCUGCAGUGGACCACAGCUUUCCUGAGAUACAUUACUAAAACGUAUGGAGACACCUUUAAAGAGGAGUUCCAGAAAGUCUUCGCUCAUGAGAAAGAACGCUUUGGUAAAUCCAGCUCAGGUCAGGACCCAGUGCACCACAGGAUGGAUGAGACACUGAGCAGCAUUCCCCUGGCAGCAGAGCAGUGACCUCUCCUCAUUGUUUUCUUCUAUAUGUCAGCCACAAAACUGAAUUGAAUUCAACCGUCAGAGUAGCUCAGGCUUGCCCAGUGAGGUGUGGGUGUGGGGUUAAGAUGAAGUAUUGUUGACAUGGUUAAAUAUAACCUUUUGAUCACACUGCAACGAUCUAGAAAGUGGAAGGUUUAGUUCAGGGGCCGAGUUUAACACAUCAACCUUUUGGAAAGGAAGGGCUUUCCACACACAGAUGGCGCUGUUUCUCUUCGAAAAGCACAGGCGGCGCUCUCGUUGGCAGAUGCCGUCCCUUCAACCAUUUUACUUUGAUAAUUUGUGCAGUAUUUAUACCCUGUAUUCAAAAUUGCACUUUAAUGUCUUGUUUUUUGUUUGUUUUUAUUCAUUCAGAAUGUUUUUCUACUGAGUGCCUGCCAACAUCUGUUCUGUAUUUGGAUAUUUAAGCAGUUUGGUAUCGAAGUAAGUGUUACUUCCUAGUUAGUUGAUGGACUUUUUUGAUUUCAGUGUUUACAGCAGAGUAUUCUGAAAUGCAGACUGUUCAUUUGAUAUGUAGAGAAGAGUAAUGUUUUACUGAAAAGUGGCUUUAUUUGUUCUUUCUUACAACAUGUCGCUGUAGCAUCUUACUGUACAUACAACAGUCACCCACAAAUAAUAAAUAGUAUUUAAAGUCAUGUAUAUUUAAUAGUUACAGCACCGGUAGUACAUAGUGGAUGUGGUCAUUGCAGAUUGGAAAAAAAUACUUUGUUCUUAAAAUUCUUAAACUGUAUUUUACAAUGUGUGAUUUCUGCUUUCAUAAAUUUAUUUUGCUUUUGAUUCUGAAGUCUGAAUUAAAUUCACAUGUCAUAAAAAAAAAAAACAAUAACAGAAAACAAGCUGUAAAAAAAAAAAAAAAAGACUAUCAAACCUUUUUUUCUUGCAUUAAUCUACACAAUGUCUGGGAACCUGGAUUUUUUGUUUUUUAUUCCUUUUACAGUACAUACACAGCUCCUCCACAGAGGCUUUUAUGCUUCUUGCACUUAUUUCCAUGUUGAGGUAACAUCUGUGAUUUACAUAAUGGGCCAUGAUAAAUGCACAUCCACAUCAGAGACAGUCACCAUUUUUUUAGAGUGUUAUCUGCAGAAGGAUGUUAAUCAAAGUGUUUGGGGCGUUGAAGCAACAUGUACAAAGUUUUUAUACACAAAGGACUCAUCAUUCACUUUCCAGGUGUUUGUAAGUCAAGUCUUGUCAUGUGAUAGUACUUGGAUCAAUGCAGUUGUUCUCUUGCACUUCUCCUUACCUCUCUCCAUUUCAUAUCAUAACAUUGGUUCUUUUGUCUCUCAGUUGCGCUGAUGUUCAUGUCACUCGCUGGAUGUUCCUCUAUUUUGUCAAAAAUAUCACACCAUCUGAUGUUACUCUUCCCAACUUGUGAUGCAUGUAUUUAAAUAAAGAGGACUUUUUUGUG